AUGGAGGACAGCAGUAUUAACAAAGAACUAAAGCAGAAGUUGAACUUUCCCCACUGUGGAGAAGACAGUGAGAGUGAAAGGCAGAAGGAGGCAGAGGGGAGCAGGGAGGCCCCGAGCCACACCGCAGACAGGGCUGAAGCUCAGGACUCAGAGGCAGAGUUCACACCCCCCAGGCCUCCCCUUAGUAGAGUCCAUGAAGUCGGCCCCCUUCAGGCAAAAGGCAAGAUGAGUCCGGAACAGGUUUUGAGGACUCCAGUGUCAGGCUCUGGCAAAGGUCCAGAGACCCCAGCCCAGCCAGAAGGCAGGAGCAAGCCGCUGCAUUGUGAGAGCCCCUUCACUCCCAAAGGUCUGCUCAGCCAAUUGGUGGUUUCUUCAACAGAGAAGCUCCCCUCCAGAGGCUCUAAACAUUUGAGGUUCACACCUGUUCCCUUUGUGGAUGAGAUGACCUCAUCGGCUCUGGUCAACAUUAACCCCUUUACCCCAGAGUCCUAUAGAAAACAAUUCCUUCAAUCCAAUGGCAAGAGGAAAACCCGAGGAGAUCUUGAGGAAGCUGGUCCUGGGGAAGGCGAUGUAGAACAAGGGCUGCCUGCCAAGAGAUGUGUUCUACGAGAAACCAACAUGGCUUCCCGCUAUGAAAAAGAAUUCUUGGAGGUAGAAAAAAUUGGAGUUGGGGAAUUCGGUACAGUCUACAAGUGUAUUAAGAGGCUGGAUGGAUGUGUUUAUGCAAUAAAACGUUCCACGAAACCUUUUGCAGGAUUAUCAAAUGAGAAUUUGGCUUUGCAUGAAGUUUAUGCUCAUGCAGUGCUUGGGCAUCACCCGCAUGUGGUACGUUACUACUCUGCAUGGGCAGAAGAUGACCACAUGAUCAUUCAGAAUGAAUACUGCAAUGGUGGGAGCUUGCAGUCUGCUUUAUCUGAAAACACGAAGUCUGGCAAUCAUUUCCAAGAGCCAAAACUCAAGGACAUCCUUCUGCAGAUUUCCCUUGGGCUUAAGUACAUCCACAACUCUGGCAUGGUGCACCUGGACAUCAAACCUAGUAACAUCUUCAUUUGUCAUAAGAUGCAAAGUGACUCUCCUAUAGUCCCAGAAGAGAUUGAAAAUGAAGCUGAUUGGUUUCUCUCUGCCAAUGUGAUGUAUAAAAUUGGUGACUUGGGUCAUGUGACCUCAAUAAGCAAACCGAAAGUGGAGGAGGGAGAUAGUCGCUUCCUGGCUAAUGAGAUUUUACAAGAGGAUUAUCAGCACCUUCCCAAAGCAGACAUAUUUGCCUUGGGAUUAACAAUUGCAGUGGCUGCAGGAGCAGAUUCAUUACCCACCAAUGGCACCGCAUGGCAUCAUAUUCGUGAGGGGAACCUUCCAGACAUUCCUCAGAAACUCUCAGAAGAAUUUUACAAUCUACUCAAGAACAUGAUCCACCCUGACCCAAGGGAGAGAGCUUCAGCAGCAGCUCUGGCCAGAAGUCGAGUUCUCCGGCCCUCCCUUGGGAAAGCAGAAGAGCUCCAGCAGCAGCUUAACUUGGAAAAGUUCAAGACAGCCACACUGGAAAGGGAACUGAGAGAAGCUCAGCAGGCCUGGUCCUCCCAGGAAGAGCAUAGUGAUGCUGGGGUCUCUGGGACCCCCACAGGAUCAAGAAGCACCAAACGCCUGGUGGGAGGAAAAAGUGCAAAGUCUUCAAGCUUCACCUGGGGGAAGUCUUCCCCAUAAGAACUCACUUCACACCAAUCCCCCCUUUUGCCUUAUAGCUUCCAGAAAUAGAUACUGACCGUGUCAGCCUUCCUCUUGUAAAGGGGAAGAUUAACCAACUGGAAUGCCCAAAGAAUUCAAAAACCACUCCUAAUUUAGCAUUGACAGUCAAGAUUGUCAAGCUAUUACAGCCUUGUAUUAGCAAUGGUCCCAGGUACAAUCAUUGGCAGCCAUUUCUCUUCUCUGCUGUUAUAUUCCUAAGGCUACCUAUCAACAGUUUGUUUACU